CAUCAGCCUCCACGCUCUGGGUGCCUGAGAGCUCAGCGCCCAACCAUCAAGCGCAUCGCCUCGUUCGCAGACCCGACUGCGCAUUGAGGCCUUGCCGCUACGACGCGUUCCUGCGUGCUUUCAACGCCCUCUCAGGCGGAGAGCAUUUCACGCUGCAUGUUCUCGAGUUUGAGGUUAGCGGACCGUGGCUUGACGUGAUGGAUAGCAAGUGGCGGCGUAAGUAUUCCCAUUCCAACGGCGCGCAACUCACCGCCCCGUAUACGCCUGCUAUCGUUCACGAACGCGCUGACCGUACUUCAUCAGCCUCCCCAUGCUGGGUGCCUCGGAGGCCAACCAUCGAGGUAUCGCCUCGUUCGGAGACCAGACCGCGUCUUCAGACCACGCCGUUGCGAGGCACUCCUGUGCGCUUUCGAUGCCCUCGAAGGGGAAGAACGUUUCGCGCUGCAUGUGCUCGAGUUUGAGGUUGGCGGACUGCGGCGUGGAUCGUGAUUUGACGCAGCAGAGAGGAAGCCCUGGUAAGCAUUCCCAACGUCGCACAAUUCACUACCCUGUACACUUGCUACUCAGUCCUUCACGUGUCCCUGUCGAAUCCGACCGUCUCUUCACUCGUUCACCUUCACAUCGAGCAUUCUGUCGACCUCGCGAGAUGUUGUCUAGGGACGCGCGACGACCAGUCACGGCCAUCGUUCACGCUUAUCUGCAUGGCGCUCGGGCUGGACACGUCCUCGUGCAUUCGCCACCCUCCUGCUGUCCGUGGCCUUGGCCUGCUGAGCAAGGCAUAGCCUCCGAUCAAGACCGUCGGGUUCAUGAUCCUACAAAGAGCAUGAUCGAUUAGUCUGCUUUGCCAGAACUCACUCGGGAUGUAGCUAGCAGGAGACGGCGUGGGGCAGCGAGCCGUCACGUCUUGCAAUCUGUUCGUCAUCUCAUAGGUAUCCUGUGUUCAGCGCGCCACCAUCCGCUACC